AUGUCCUUAAAAGAUAGCUCUUCAAUACCAACUUCUCCUAAAACGCCGCUUACUCGAAUACCCUUCGCAUCUGCUCAAUACUCUGACCCAGAUGUAGACCCUACCCAUAUAUCAGAGAUAGCUGAAGAUGGCAUGGUUGCUUUACGUUUAGUUGAGGGUGAUAACGUGGGUAGAUAUACUUUUCUUGACCCAGAGACAAUAGCAGCAGCUCCUUCGAGCAGGGCUACUUCAGCAGGUCUUUUGCCUAAGCAAAUUAUUCGUGUAGAGAGGGAUUAUUCCAAGGGAGAGUUAUGUCAGUUUAAUCUGACCUUCCCAGACAAGAUAAACGGACGAGUGAGUAGUCGGUGUUAUAAAGUAUUACGAUCUUUACCAACUGCACAUGUGGCAACCGGGGCCAUAUUGGUUUCGCCCCACCAAUUCGAGUCUACAAUAAGCACAUUGAACCGGAUGCUAGAAAAAGCACAUAAUCCUAAAUACAACUGGUUUGAUAACCUUCUGUCUUGUCUUACGUUAUAUGCUUCGACUCUGUGUAUAAAAUCACAUUAUGAGCGGACAAUAGAGGAUAUUUGUAAAUUUCUAGAUGGAGAAAAUCAGAGUGUAUAUAAUCCCCAGGGACUUAAUUUCCGUAAUCCACAACGGACUGCAUUCCUAUUUGUAUCCUUUUGA